AUGGUGGCCGUCGGGGGCUCGUGGGCCGCGGGCGGAAAAUCCAAAGAGUCUCACCGCCUAAAGGGUCUUGAAGAUCUGCACCUUGGUGAAAUCUCACGAGCUGCGAUCUGGAGAGCUGCCGCUGGCAGCUUGGCGCGUGGACCCGGGUGGCUGGCGUGUUGCUGCGGGUCGGCCGGCUGCUCCCUGUGCUGGAGAUGCUGCCCCAAGAUCAAGCAGUCGACCAGCACGCGCUUCAUGUACGCCCUCUACUUCAUCCUGGUCGCCCUCAUCUGCUGCAUCAUGAUGUCCAAGACCGUGGCCGCCAAGAUGCAGGAGCACAUUCCUUUUUACGAAGACAUCUGCAAGGGCAUCCAGGCCGGAGACACGUGCGAGAAGCUGGUGGGCUACUCGGCCGUCUACCGGGUCUGCUUCGGCAUGGCGUGCUUCUUCUUCCUCUUCUUCCUCCUCACCCUCAGAAUCAACAGCAGCAAGAAUUUACGCGCCUACAUCCACAACGGCUUCUGGUUCUUUAAGCUUCUGCUUCUGGCAGCCAUGUGCGCCGGAGCGUUCUUCAUCCCGGACCAGGAUACCUUUCUGGAAGCCUGGCGCUACGUAGGGGCCGCGGGCGGGUUCCUCUUCAUCGCCAUCCAGCUCAUCCUCCUGGUGGAGUUCGCCCACAGAUGGAAUAAAAACUGGACGGCGGGCACGGCGCACAACAAGCUGUGGUACGCGGCCCUGGCCCUGGUGACCCUCCUCAUGUACUCGGUGGCGGCGGGAGCCCUGGCCCUGAUGGCCGUGUUCUACACCCGCCCCGAGGGCUGCGAGGACAACAAGAUCCUGCUCGGCGUCCACGGCGGCCUCUGCCUGCUCGUCUCCGCCGUGGCCGUCUCUCCCUGCAUCCAGAAACGACAGCCUCACUCCGGCCUGCUGCAGUCGGGGCUCAUCAGCUGCUACGUCAUGUAUCUCACCUUCUCCGCGCUGUCCAGCAAGCCUCCAGAUAUAAUUGUGGGCAAGGACCAGAAGAACAUCACCAUCUGCGUGCCUGACUUCAGCCAGGAGUUCCACACCGACGAAAACCUGGUUCCGGCCUUGGGCACCACGCUCCUCUUCUGCUGCAUCCUGUACUCCUGCUUGACCUCGACGACCCGGUCCAGCUCGGAGGCCCUGCGGGGCCGCUACGCCGCGCCGAGGACCGAGGUGGCCCGCUGCUGCUUCUGCUUCGUCCCCGACGGAGAGGACGCGUCCGAGCGAGACGUGAAGAAGGGCGGCCAGCAGGUGAUCUACGACGAGAAGAAAGGUACCGUGUACAGCUACGCCUACUUCCACUUCGUCUUCUUCCUGGCCUCGCUGUACGUCAUGAUGACCGUCACCAACUGGUUCAACUACGAGAGCGCGCACAUCGAGAAGUUCUUCACCGGGAGCUCGUCCAUCUUCUGGAUCAAGAUGGCGUCGUGCUGGUGUGGCGUCGGGCUGUACCUGUGGACCCUGGUGGCCCCGCUCUGCUGCCCGACCAGAGAGUUCUCGGUGUUGACGCGGUCCCGCCCGCCGGGACCCCGUCGUCCCCCGACCCCCGCCGCCGGCCGGCCCCGGGGGAGGGACGCACGGGCGUCCGGCCGGCCGGCGUCCGGCCGGGAGCCGGAAAUCGCGGGGCCGGGAGCCCGCCGCUUCCUCCCGGGCGGACUCCCGGUCCCGGCCCCCUGCCUCUCCGCCACACGCGAGGCCUUUUGGUCCGUCCCACCCGGAGCCUCCCCCCGCCCCCAGCCGGGUGACUGGGCCGGGUCGCCCGGCCGCCGGUUCUUCCGGCGCACCGUCUGUGCCUGAAUCCCAAGGGCUUCCGCCCGGGCGGCCGCGCCGCCGGUCCCCACCACGCGUCCCACGUUGGUCGGGCUGGAGAGAGUCGCGCCCGCUCUUAUUGAACGCCAAGCACUCGGGGAAGGCGGGGAGGUGGUCCCCCGACGGGGUGGUCCGCGCGGGGCCUCCGGGGGCUUCUCGGCGUAGUUUGGUGGCUUCCUGCCGGCGUCGGAGCGGGCGGCGGGAGGGGUCUGGGUGGAGGAAGCCGGCUCUCCACGGGACACCGUGGGAGCGGAGGUGGAUCCUUCCUUGCGUUCGGUUGGGCUUUUUGCUUCCCCCCCCAGGGCUCACUUGUACUACUCAUCUCGAUUUAUCCCCGCGCCUUUAUCGAGCACUUAGCGUGUGCAGAGCACUGUUUCGGGUGCCCGGGAAGGUUCAGCAGAGUUGGGUCGACUCCCUCUGCUUCGGCGGGGAGGAGACGGAGGCCCGGGGAGGUGAAGCGACCGGCCCGAGGUCAGAGGCGGGCCCGGACGCCGGGGUCCCCGUUCGCCCGGGCCUGGCAGGGGGGCGGGGAUCGAGGGCCGCCCGCCGGUUCCACGUGGUUUUGUGUCGGGCGCCCUCUCGUCUCGGAGUUUCGGUGGUCGUGCGGCCCAGGGCGGGGUCGGUCCCGGGCCAUCCCGUCCCCUCGCUCCUCCUUCCGUCAUCUGUCCACGUCGUCUCCCCCCCCCCCCCCCCCCCCAAUCUUGCCUCUUCUGUCUUCUCUUUCCUGGGGGCGGGGAUCGGUAGGGGUGGGGACGCGUCGCAUGUUCGUAUUUCUGUUCUCUGGGAAUUCACAUUGGUGCUUCGGGGUUCCCUCGGUAGGAGAGUCCCCGGGACUCUAUUUCAGACCAACCUGGCUUCCGGCCCCGUCCGGCCACCGCCCGCCGCCCCAUCUUGGGUUGGCCCGGUCACCCCCCGGAAACGGGUCGGGUGGCCGGUCGGGACCGGAAGGGGGAGCGGGCUGGGGGCCGGGGGCCGGACUAACGAGGGACAAGGUGGGGGUCCCAGGACAGGUAACCGGGGGGGG